ACUGAGGCUAACUUCACAGAGUUUGAUCAAGAUGGCGUCUCUCAGAAAGCUGUUUGUUAGCAGAGUCUCUUUGUUGUGUUGGUCCAGUGAGUGUGAGGUCCAUGUUGGUCUCUGUGUGUCCGGAGAAACCUUCUGAAUGGACUUUUCUCUGAAUGUUGGACCUCUGACUCAUCUCCCGGUAGCCUACAAAGCUAGUGAAGUUAGCUUAGCAUGCUAGCUGGGACGGAAGUUAGCAACACAGCGCUAGUCAGAGUGACUGUUUGAUGGAGAGCAAACGGUGUUUGUGACGGAGUUUGUGUGGAGAAAAAGUGUGUGUCGUUGUGUGAAAAUGUGUAAAGUCCAAAUGCUGAGAGCGUUGGUGAAGCAGCGACUCACUGCGGCUGCUGAAGAGAUCUUUGGGCUGUUUGAAAGAACGAUAGCAGAGUACGAGGAGGAACUGUGUCGUUCUAAAGAGGAGAACGAGCGACAACGGAAACUCCUGCACGCUGUUCUCAACCCUCAGCUUCGGUUACACAGAGCAGACGUCCAGCAGCUGUUGGUGGUUAAAGAAGAGGUUCCUCCUGAGCAGCAGGAGUGGAGCUCCAGUCUGGACCAGGAGGAGCCAGAGCCCCCACACAUUAAAGAGGAACAGGAGGAACUCUGGACCAGUCAGGAGGGAGAGCAGCUUCAAGGGCUGGAGGAGGCUGAUAUCACCAAGUUCACAUUCACUCCUGUCCCUGUGAAGAGUGAAGAUGAUGAAGAGAAACCUCAGUCCUCACAGCUUCAUCACAGACGUACUGAACACAUGGAGACAGAAGCUGAUGGAGAGGACUGUGGAGGACCAGAACCAGACAGGAACUCAGAUCCAGAUAGACAUCCAGAACCAGAUCCUGAUGAGGAGACUGGAGACUCUUCUGAACCUGAGACUGAUGGCAGUGAGGAUUGGAAGGAGACCAGAGAACCUCAGUCAGGUUUAAACUCUCUGAAUAAUGAUGAGGUUUCUGUCAGUGAAUCCAGAUGUAGUGCUGGAGAGAAACCAUUUAGCUGCUCUGAGUGUGGGAAAAGCUUUCACUUAAAGAAGGGUCUGAAUAUACACAUGAAAUGUCAUAGAGGAGAGAAAGCAUUAAAUUGCUCAAUUUGUGAAAAAUCUUUCACACAGAGUGGAAGUUUACAGAUACACAUGAGAAUCCACACAGGAGAGAAACCAUUCAGCUGCUCUGAGUGUGGGAAAAGAUUUAAAACCAAGACAGAUCUGAAGAGACACAUGGUAACUCACGCAGGAGGGAAACCAUUUAUCUGCUCAGUUUGUGGGAAAUCUUUUGUAUGGAAAGGACAUUUAAAGCUACACAUGGUAACUCACGCAGGAGGGAAACCAAUCAGCUGCUCAGUUUGUAAGAAAUAUUUUACAAAGAAUGGAAAUUUACAGAUACACAUGAGAAUCCACACAGGAGAGAAACCAUUCAGCUGCUCUGAGUGCGAUAAAAGAUUUGGAACCAAGACAUAUCUGAAGAUGCACAUGAGAACUCACACUGGAGAGAAACCAUUCAGCUGCUCUGAGUGCGAUAAAAGAUUUAGAGCCAAGGAAGAUCUGAAGAUGCACAUGAUCAAUCAUACAGGAGAGAAACCAUUCAGCUGCUCAGUCUGUAAGAAAUCUAUUUCACGGAAUGGAGAUUUACAGAAACACAUGAGAAUCCAUACAGGAGAGAAACCAUUCAGCUGCUCAGUGUGUAAUAAACCCUUUAUAAGAAGUGGACAUUUACAGAGACACAUGAAGAUCCACACAGGAGUGAAACCAUUCAGCUGCUCAGUUUGUGGUAAAAAGUUCAGAAUAAAAGGAAAUGCGGAACGCCACAUGGUGGUCCACAGAGGAGAGAAGCGCUUCAGUUGCAGUGUUUGUAACGAAACAUUUGCCCGUCGUUCACAGAUUAGAACCCAUGAAUGUGUUAAUCAUCAGUUCUCACAGCUUCAUCAGACUCAGACUGAGAACAGAGAGGCAGAACCUCCAGCCAGCAGAUCAACUCAACACAUGGAGACAGAAGCUGAUGGAGAGGACUGUGGAGGACAAGAACCAGACAGGAACUCAGAUCCAGAUAGACAUCCAGAACCAGAUCCUGAUGAGAAGACUGGAGACUCUUCUGAGACUGAUGACAGUGAUGAUUGGAAGGAGACCAGAGAACCUCAGUCAGCUGUAAACCCUGAUAAAUGAAACAAUUCCCUUUCAAAAACAAAUAAGUCAAACUUCAUUUCAAUGUUCACAUACAAAGAGGUCCCCACAUUCAAUGUGAUCUCUGUAUUUAACCAUUAGAAGCAUUAGGAGCAGUGUGCAGCUCUGAAGACAAACUUUGCGUUCUCUGUCUCCCUUGAGGACACGCUGUGGAUUAAAACGCCGACCUUGAGAUUUAACGACGACCCGGUUUACCUUCUGAGGUACAGCUGCCCUCUGUUAUGAGAUGCAGUGCUGGUGAGGGACCAUGAAAGGGCGGGAAAAUGAUUUGUCUGCCAGACACAUCUGAAGAUUCAUGUGAGAAUUCACACAGGGGAGAAACCAUUCAGUUGCAGAGUUUGUAACAAUAGAUUCACUUUUUUUUUGGAAGUGUUGAUCUUGCGCCUUGUUGGACCCUGAAUGGAUUUGAAUCUGGAUCGGCUAUCGUCAGCUGGUCGAGUUAUUCCUGGCUGCUGUUUUUGGAAUCAGUUGGACAGAAAUUUGUCUGAUUCUACCAACACAGCGUUUUCCCUCAAUGCAUUCAACAGUUCCACAGGUCCACUGCUAACAACAUUUUCGAACACAAUUUGGGAAGCCACGGGGAAAAAGGUAGUUAUUAAAUGUAACUAAGUUCUAUGAGUGCAACAUUUGGCUUCAUGAUCAGGGAAGAUUUAGAUUUUAAAAAAAGGUUUACCCUUCCGUCCAAUCUCUUUCUUUCUUUCUCUCUGAGUUCAAUGUAGUCGAACACAAUAGAGUGGCAUCACGAGGAAUAAUGGACUAAUGCAUAUGAUAAUAAACAGAUAGAAAUCAAAGCUAGUUGUCUUUCCCACCACAAAUAGCUUUCUUGUUCACUACACUUAAAGCCUGUAUCCCUGGUAAAAAGGGUAAAACACUGGUUUGAAACUAACUUUUAUUUGGAUGGUUGUUUGUUUUUUAGCCUCCUUACUCUCUGUUUUCAUGCUGUUUAUAUCUAUAAACUCUCAAUAAAUAAAUUAAAAAUGGAAAUGGCCCUGCUUGUGUGCAUGUUAGGGAUGGUCCCGGGGUCAAACGUCAAAUUGAAGGUAUAUGAUUGAACGUAACGUUAGACUGUAACACUCCUCAAACCUACAUUUCUAAGCAUUGAUUAGUUUGAUUCAACUUGUUUAUUUAUAUUAUAAUUCUGUUUGUUGGUUAUUUCUGUUCAUCCUUAAUCCUUAAACUCUGUGAUAGCAUUUAAAAACAACUAUUGCCUAUAAUGGUCUGGAACUGGACUCAAUUUGCUCUGGACCUGGUCUUGGACUUGGUCUUGACUGGACCUGGACUUGGACCUGGUCUUGACUGGACCUGGUCUUGGACUUGGUUUUGACUGGACCUGAUCUUGGACCUGGUCUUGGACUUGGUCUCGACUGGACCUGGUCAUGGACCUGGUCUUGGACCUGGUCUUGGUCUCAACUGGACCUGAUCUUGGACCUGGUCUUGGACCUGGUCUUGGACUUGGUCUCGACUGGACCUGGUCUUGGACCUGGUCUUGGACUUGGCCUUGGACUUGGCCUCAACUGGACCUGAUCUUGGACCUGCCGGGGUUGGUCUUGACUAGAUGUGCCGAUCACUGGGACGAGUAAAGAAACAACCUUCUGGUCCAGCUGAGAUACC